AUGCACCUUAAUCAAUUCUCCCUCCUAGUCUUCGCGACAGGAACAGGACUUUGCAAUGCCUCUCUUCUCCGCCGUACAUCCCAACCAUCUCCCAUAUCCGUCACCCUAACAACUAUUCCAAGCCUUUCGUCAUCGCCUACAUCUCCAACCUCCCAACCAGAAGUUACCACGGCACCUGGAAUCAAAACUGCCCUAAUCGCUGGCAUUCUUACCAUCGGCUCAGACUGCAAUGGCUUCGUCCUCUCAGCCUCAAGCGCAGUCUAUUCAAGUCUCGCAUCCAACGCAUCCGCCCAAAUAAUUUCUUUCAGCACCGCUGCCGCAGCCAGUAUUUCUGUAGCACAAGCUAGUGCCGCCGCCGCUGACGCGAGUGCCUCGGAAGCUAUUGCCUCAGUCCAAUCUUCCGCCGCCGCUGCAUUGGGAAGUGCAAGUGCGGAAAUAACAAGCUUAAAAGCGAGCGCCAGUUCAGAGCUCUCCGCCGUGUCGGCAUCACUUAUCUCGGUCAAUUCACUCGCCACACAUAGUGCACAAGCGGCAGCAUUGGCAUUAGGCGCAGCAGCCACGGAAUCGGCGUGGGCGAUAUCUUCACAAUUGGCGGAUGCAAAUACAGCGGUGCAGUUUUCAAAGGCAACAACAAUUCCAAUGACGGUUGCUGUGGUGCUUAUUUUAGGAACGAGUUUUGCAAGUAGUGUUUUGAGUGUAUUAAUUUAUCGAUUUUUUUCGCGGAGAAAAAUAAAGAGAGAAAGGGAGAGAGAAAAUGAAAUUAGGGAGACACAGAAUGGGUACAAAGGUUAUGGGGAAGGAAUGGAGAAAAACACAGCGAGUUAUGGGGGUCCAAAUCCAGGCGAUGCAAACAAUUACCCGGCCAGUACUCCACGAUCUGAUCGCUCCUCAGUCUCAACCUCUUACAACCAAACAAAAUACGCUUCACGGUAUAUGAAUUCUUAUCCGGAAGAAGAAACUAUGAAUAGAGAUUAUGUAGAAGGUGACUAUGAGAGAGGCGAUGAAGAUAACUACAGCAGACAUGCAAUAAUCGAUAUUGAAAAAGAAAUCGCAGAAAUGGAUUAUCAAAUGAAGAUGGCAGAAGCGGAAUUAGAGAGAAGAGAUCGGGAAAGAUCUAUUCGUAUAAGUGAGAGUGGGUUGAGUAGGAGUAGUAAGAGCAUUAGCGUAUUAUUUACUCCUAGGGAUACACUGCAAAGAGGGGAGGAAAGAAGAGGAAGCAAUGCGAGGAGUGUGAUGAGUACCAGUAUGGGCAUUGGUGAGAAACUGAUGAGUAUGGUUAUGCCUUCUUAUCGCCAGUCGCAAGCUCCGUCCGUUUACGGAUCAUCAACGCCUACUUCACCUUUUUCUUCGACAAAAGAUUAUAGGAGAGACUCCACGAGGGAAAUAGGAGAUAGAGAAUUAGAAGAAGGAGAAGAGAUUAUAUUCACGCUGGAUGAGAGACCUCCUUCGUUACCGAAAUCAACAACAGUACCGAGAGCAACGCAUGCGUAUACGCACAGCGAUUCAAGUAUCAUGACGCUUAGUCCUAGUGUUUAUGAUGGUGGGAGUAGCAGUGGAAAGAAGAAGAAUGGAAGAAUAAGAGUAGAUGAUUCUCCGACGAUAGGAAGAGAAGAUAGAGGGACGGGAGGGGGAAAGGGGCCAUUUGCAUUUUCGAUCGGGAAGGCUUUUUGA